AUGAAAAAACGUGAAGGUCCUUUCUAUGAAUGUAUUCAUUCCUUGUUACAACAACAAUCAUUCCAUCAUCAAGAGAAAACUCCGAAUGAGCAAUUCUCUUCCUCACAUCAUCCAGCAGUGAAUUCUAAUACUAUUGAUUGGGAUUCUGUGCUUGAACAAUUUUUAAGAGAAUAUUCAAAUUGUACACGAUUUAUUCCCGAUUGCUUUCCCACCACAUCAAUCAAAUCAGAAUUUAUGAAAUUAUUUAAAAAAUAUUUGAUGAGUGACAGCCAUUCUCAUCAGCUUGAACGAAAUUUAUCUGUGUUGAGAUUAUUGUUGAGAGAAGUGGAUGGCUGUGAAACAGUAUUGAAGAACGAUGUAUUGGAAUAUAUAACAAAACUAACCAAUGACCGUAAUAAUGAUUCUAUGAAAUUAUCUUGUAUGAAAUGUUUACUUAACUUAAUUCAUCAUUCAUCAUAUUUAAGGACUUGCUUACUUGAACAUGAAAGUUUCAUGUCAUCUCUUGAUGGAGUAGUGGAAAGUACUUUCUCCAAAGAACGAAGAAUGAGUUACGAAGAACAUUUCAUGUUUGGAAGACUUUUGUUUUACAUGACAUUUGAUAGAGAAAAUGCUGAAAAGUUUGUUGACAGAAAGCUGCCGCUGAUUGUCACCAUGCUAGACAGCGUGACGUAUUAUUUUGAGGAUUGGAUUAAACACACACUCAACAAAUUUGGACAAAUCUAUUUAGAUAAUACCGAUCUUCAAGAUUUAACUCUGUUACCUAACGUGUCAAUUUCUAAUAGCAUCACAUUUGUGCCAUAUCUGCUCUCUUGUAUUGAAGACAUGUUCAAAUCAUUGUACAACCUAUUUGUUCAUAUUGAUUCCAUGUCGAAUGAAUUUUAUGAAAAAACCAUGAACAUUGUUUCCCUCAUCAUGAACUUUUAUACAAGUCUCACCAUUUACAUUACUUUUAGAAAUAGUAAGGAACGUGUUGAUGAUGAUACUUUCUAUUACUUGAAAGAAUUUAAAGAUCAAUUGCUGACACUGAUCAAACAUACGGUUCAAGUUUUCACACAACUUCCACCCACGUACAAGAAAAAAUUGUUAUCUAUUAUUGAAACAUCACCUCAUGGAAAAAGAAGACCUCACAAAAUGAUUCUAUUCACUCUUGUGAGCGAUUAUGUUUAUUACAACACCAAUGAAGAUAUUUAUACGGAUUACUUGACUCCCAUUGUUGGUGUCUUGGCUAGUUCUCUUACCUUAUCAGAUGAUGAGACACCCACAUUAGGAAAUGAAUGCAAAGCUCUUUUGUGUGAUUGGAUAUUUGAGAAUUCGAAUUGGCCAUUCCCAAAUUUUAUACCAUUGAUUCCUCAAGACGUACAGGAAUAUAUUUCAUGGAGAGCAGCUCAAUCCAUUAAAACAAAAUCUGAGAGGACAAUGCAUGAAGAUGAAAAUGAGAAUGAACAGUGCUCUUCUUCGUCGCCACAACAAGAAUCCUACAAAGAUCCACUCGAUGCUCAGGAUCUCGACACGAAACCUAUCAAAUGUUUGUUUGUUGGAAGAAUGAGUGAUUAUCACUACAGCUUCAAGAGCUUGGUUUGUCACUUUCUGUUCAAGCUCUGCACAGAGGAUGCUGCCACUUUCACCCAAAUUUGUGGAACAGGAAAUUGUUUGGGUUAUUUGGCAGAAAGAGGUUUGAUUUCUUUCAAUAAUAAUUGA